UGCGGCGUGAAAGAAGUUCACAUCCACGUCCGUGGCCGGCGGCGACUGUUGUGUUGGCAGGCGGGUUUGGCCAAACGCUACGAGAGCAGCCCGGACAGGAUGGCCUCGUUCUUCCACGGCCAUCUCAAGGCGCCCGAGUCGAUCAUCAAGUCGUGGAAGGACGACGCCGCCUUCUGCCGGCAGUUCACGCAGGGUCCAAACCCUAUGAUGAUCAGCGUCUGCCGGAGUCUGCGGGAGGUGCCCUGGGAGAUGCGAGGCCUGGCGGGACAGGGCUGCACGGUGCCACAGCUACUGGAGCAAGGUCGCCUCUUCAUCGCCGACUACAAACAACUCGCAGAGGCACUGACCGUGGUGCUGGCCUCGGCCAGCGGGAGCGUUUACACCGCUCCCUAA